AUGACUCUGCAACCCAACUGGUCUCCAAUAUUCAGAGGAGAGAGAGUCACUCUGAAAUGUGAGAUCCAUGGAGGUGGAGGAACUAAGUGGACGUAUGAAUGGAGAACAACCAAGAGAAACUCUGCAACAUUCAGUGAAUACAGGACCAUAAGAGCAGACAGUGACUCCUACAGCUCAGAAAAACCAAGAGCCAAACUGACACCAGAGGAAACAAUCAUACCAGCAGGGGGCAGUAUAACACUGACCUGCUGUGUGCCCAGCUCUGCUGAAUGGAAGUUUGACUGGUUCAGACAGAAGUCAUGGGAUCAUGCAGCUCAGUCCAUCAGAAACAAUGAAACUGAUGGAUUUCUCAGAGUCUCAGAGGGAGGUAUAUACAGCUGCAGAGGAGGAAGAGGAGAUCCAGUUUUCUACACUGAAAGCAGCAAUAAAGUCUCUGUAAGGAAAACUGGUGAGCUUCUCCCUGUCCUCUCUGUGUCUCCAUCAUGGCUGAGUCCUGGACCCUCAGUGACUCUGAGCUGUGAGGUUGAACCUCAGUCUGCAGGAUGGAGGUUCUUCUGGUAUAAAGCUGUUCCUGAUUUAUUAACCAGAUCCUACAGCUUUAAGCUGCUGACUGACAUCACCAACAGAACUGAACUGAACUCCUACAUCCUUCAUGGACAAAAUCACACAGCAGGAUAUGUGUGCGGAGCAGGAAGAGAAGAUCCAGUAGAUUUCACUGCUUACAGUAAACUAAAGUUUAUCUGGUCUGCAGAUCCUCAUCCAGCAGCGUCUCUCUCAGUGAGUCCUGACAGAGUUCAACACUUCAACUCUGACUCUGUGUCUCUGAGCUGUGAGGGAAACUCUGCUGAAUGGAGAGUGAAGUGGAUUACAGAAACAGAUUCACUGUAUGACUGCUUCUACAUCGGGAACAUGAACAGAGCUACAUGUAGCGUCAAUAUGGACUGGUAUCAUAGUGGAGUGUACUGGUGUGAGUCUGGAUCAGGACACUUUAGCAACUCUGUCAACAUCACUGUACAGAAAGAUAUUAAUGGUAUUAUCCUGGUGAGCCCUGUCCAUCCUGUGACUGAGGGAGAUCCUGUUUCUCUGAGCUGCAGAGAUAAAGAACAAAAACUUCUCUCCAAUGUGUUUUUCUAUCACAAUAACAAACUGAUCCACAAUGACGGCAGAGAGGAGCUGAACAUCUCUGCAGUGUCAAAGUCAGAUGAAGGUUUCUACAAGUGUGAACAUUCAGGAAAGGAGUCACCACAGAGCUGGAUGGCUGUUAGAGUUCCUCUCACCAGUCCUGUCAGCUCUUCACUUCCUGUGCUGCUGAUCUUUGGACCAGUUAUUGGACUCAUUCUCAUUAUUCUCCUGAUGUUGUUGUGUUGCUGCAGACGGUCUAAAGGUGAGACCUUCUCAUGA